UCAUUUACUGAUGUUACACACGUCUCUGCAGCUAUGCUAGUUGUUAGCUGGGUUUUUAAUCUCGACGCAGUUUCGAGGUCAUUUUAAGGUACUGACUGAAAGCAGAACGCCGCUGGGAGUUAUUUAUCCUCCUUAUCUUGUAGCUAGAAGCCUAAAAUAAACCUCAAACGGUGGCUUGUUAGCGUUUUCACAUAUUAAAGGAGGUGUGUCUCGGUGUCAAGGGCGGAAUUCUGGCCGAAUCCUAAAUUACACCUGAGUGUGAAUACAAGUGCACUACGUAGGGAAUGACGUAAUGGACUAUACAGCCUAUCUAGUGCACUAAUUGUCCAAUAGGAGGAUAUAAUAGGAUUCUGCCAGAUAUGGCUGGAUAGAGUUGCUUUCUUAGCAUUGAUGUGGCUCUAAUGUAGAGUAGUUAAUUUAUAUCAAGAAAGUUAUGCUAAUUUAUGCACAGAAAUGAAUAGAUAAGGAGUUUUAGCACACAAUAUCACGCCUGAGUAAUUCUGCCUGGUCAUAUGAUCAGAGUCAUGGACAAAACACUGCAGCAUCCAGAGGGACAUGAAGCUCGGGCCAUGGACCAGGUCACCUUCCGCAGUGACACCGUGCUCUCUGAUGUGCACUUGCUUCUCCCGAACGCUCAUCACCUCAUGACUCGACUCAAUAGCGUCGGACAGCCAGUGUUUUUGUCGAGGUUCAGGAUUCUGAGGGAGGAGGAGCAGAAGGAGGCGUGUUCUCCAUCAGAGGAGGAGUCACACUGUCGUCUGGACGAAGACGGAGACCUGGAGGUAGUGAGGAAGCCAGCAGAGACGGCGCAGGACCGCGCAACCGCUCACCCCGUCAUCCUGAGCCAGGCCGAAGGAGCGAUUAGUGAUGAAGAGGAGGAGGAGGAGGAAUAUGGCGAAAUGGACGUCAUAAAGAUCGAGCACACGAUGGCGACGCCGCUGGAGGACGUCGGAAAGCAGAUCUGGCGAGGAGCUUUCCUGCUCUCCGACUUCAUCCUGUCCAACCCGGCUGCGUUCACAGGAGCGACAGUGCUGGAGCUGGGAGCAGGAACCGGAUUAGCCAGCAUCGUCAUGGCAAGUGUGGCAAAAACGGUCUACUGCACAGAUGUUGGUGAAGAUCUCCUCAGGAUGUGUCAGAGAAAUGUGCAUUUGAAUCAGCAUUAUAUUGCAGCAUCAGACGAGUGCGGUGUGAAAGUGAGACAGCUGGACUGGACCGCAGACGAUUUCCUCACAGAUGCAGACUCAGAAUUUGGCUGGAGUGAGGACGAGGUAUCAGACCUCCACGAUAACACCACGGUCAUCAUCGCAGCAGAUGUGUGCUAUGACGAUGACCUCACCGACGCCCUGUUUCGGACUCUGUAUCGCAUUUGCAGUAAUCUGCGUCACUCCAGCACCGCCUACAUCAGCAUAGAGAAAAGGCUGAACUUCACACUGCGCCACAUGGACGUGUCCUGCGAGGCGUAUGAUCAUUUCCGCCGCUGCCUAGAACAGAUAACGGAGCUGAGAGAGAAGGAAAUGAGGUUCACAGUCUCACCGGUGUCCUGCUCCUUCCCUCAGUUCUUCCAGUACGAACGAGUGAACCAACUGGAGCUGUGGAAAGUGUCUGCUUUUCCCUUUCCGACUCAGUGCAGCUCAACAUCCUCACGAAAUCAUGGUGAAAACGAUGCAACAUUGAAAACUAAUCCAGAAUCAAGAUCCAAGAGUUGAUACUCAGCUUUAUGCAGUUAUAAGUGCAUCUUAAUGUGAAUCCUUAAUGUGAAUCCUAUUUUAUAUAAUUCAUUUAACAAAGGUUUUAUUAGAUAGGAUGAAGGUGGUGGUGCAGUGAAGUGAGAAUUUCAUUUUAGUUUAUUUUUAGCUACAGAUUGCGCUUUUUAUUUUCGUAUCUAUCUCGCUCCGGACAGUUGGGAUUGCAUACUAUGGAUUUUAAAUUAUUAUUUAAAAAUUAUUGUGUGUUUUUGUGUGUGAUUGCUGAGAUUAUGAACGAGUGCUGCAAUGAGUUGAUUCUGUAGCAUAUUUCAUACAUACACAAGGCAAUUCAAGGUGCUUUACAAAUAAAAUGAGAUACACAGAAUAAAUAGUAGGCUGAAGUAGAGUUUAAAAUAGCAGUAAUAGGUGUAAUAUUAAAGAAAAGGUCAUAUCAAAUGUGCUGCCUUUUCCAUGAUGGACACUAGAGGGCGUGCUAGUCCAAUAUUACAUUUGAGUAGAGAUGGGCUCUUCAGUGAGUCAGAACAUUUGGCUCAUCUCACCAACAAGAGUCGAUUCUUCAGGCUCCCAAAUGAUCCUAAAUGAUAUUGUGCAAUAUUUUUAUGACUAGUGAUGCCUAAAUAUGACUAAAACUAUUCUGUUAAGUCCUACUCUACCUUCUCAUUAACAAAAAUAACAUUACUUUGCAUUGCAUUUUAUAAAAUUUAAUACAAUCAUCUUUAACCUAAAUGAGCAAUGCACUGCAAAUAUGCAUUGAUCAAAUAUAUUAAGCAUCUCUGCGUCCUGCUGUAUCUGUGCUUAAAGAUUUACUUCCACUUAUCUCGAUUAUUAUUUGCUUCUUAUAAUAAACAUGCUUAAUAGACAUAGCUGAAAGUCAAACACACAACCCAGAUGCUGAAAAUAGGUUUCCAAGGAAGCAUUUAAAUGGUUGGUGAAGAGAAAUGAAUGAAACAUUUGCCAACAUCUACGAAAGAAAGAAAAAAAAAAAGCUCACGUGAAUCGACCCUCAACCUAAAAGAGUCGGUUCAAGGAGACGACUCCUUCACGAAGGACACAUCGCUAACCUGAAAGCGAAAACAUGAAUCUGGUUUCUUUCUUUCUUUAUUUUUUUUAUUGUAAAUGGAGGCAAUGACAUUACAGAAAAAAAGAAAAACAAGAAACCAGCUCACAGCUUACUCGAGUCACAUGUACAAGUCACAUAUUCGAGUCACAUAUGCAAGUCACAUUUGCGAGUUGACGCGAAAGCAUGUAUUAGGUUUCUUUCUUUCUGGCUUUCUUUCUUUCUUUGUGGAUGUAGGCAAUGCCAUUACAGGAAGAAAAAACACAAGAAAAACAAGAAAGCAGCUCACAUGCGCAUACAUGAGUCACAUGUGCGAGUCGACUCUCAGUGUUCAAAGAGCCGACUCCUUCGCGAACGACACACAGCUAGUUUGAACACACAAACAAGUAUUCUGUUUCUAAGUUUUUAUUUUUAACUCCCGAUCACCAGAACACCUCCCUUCAGUAAAAUCCGGGAAACCUGAGGUGACUUAGUAUAUGGCAAGAGUUGAUGUAUGAAACAUUCUGAAACAAAGAUAUAUAACAUUUCUCUCAUGCGGUGUUUAAAUAACAAGCCAAAGAAUUAUUUUAUUUAUUUAUUUAUUUAUUUAUUUUAGAGGGAAUCAAAUAUACACACUGUUUAACCUCAGUUUAAAUGUAGUCCAUCAGCCAUGGCGAGUUUGAUGAAAUUCUGCUCAAAUUUCACUCAUUUUUCUGCAACGCCAUAAAAAAAAAAAAUACACACAAUUAAGAGACUCCGCCAAUUAAAGAGCAAAUCAUCACAGCUUUCCUUCAAACCUCAUCAGGUCACA